AUGUCUGAAGACUCGGAACCGCGUCAACUCGGGAGAUCGACCGCCGGCGGAGAGCUAAUAGGUCUUGGUCUCACUGAGUCAGACGGCGAGGAGCAUUUCUAUCACCAGAAAGCUUUGGAGUUAUGUCGUCACCUACUCUUCGUUGGCCACUCAGAACUAGUUACAGAUCUUUCUUCACAAUGUACACACUUCCAAGCUUCGCCUGAGCUCGUCAAAGUUCUUUGCUCGAUUCCUAAUUCCCCUGUCUCCCUUACCGGAGACGGCUUAUCCGUGACUCUCUCGCGCGAGUUGCUCUCCGAUCCGGCCUGUUUCGCCUGUAGUUUGGGUGUGCCGGAAAAUGUUUUGUUUGAACAGAUUACGCGUUUCUCGGAUCCGAGAGCUCCCAAGCCUAAGCGAAAUGGUCUCGGGCAUAUGGGAGAAAAUGAGGAGCAAGAAGAGCUGCAGCUCAUGCCAUUGCCCAAAAGAAGCCGAAAGGAGGAACCAGAUGUGAAUGACUACUCUGUAAUGGAUAGCAGAGCUAACGACAUGACAAAUAUUGCCAAUGGGUCCAUGCUUGAGACACUGAAAGCUUUUGAAUCCCAAGCUUCGCUUUUAGUUUUAGGUAGAGAUGGUCGAGAAAUAGGAGCAUUUGACCAAAGUCCUUGGUCUGGUCCACGGACUAGAAUUUUUGGAUGCGAGAUUUUCUCCAAUGCUUGUGUGGAUGUCGAUCCUAUGCACUGCUUGGGGGAACGCAAGCAAGAUUCGCCAUCUCCUCGAGAGGUUGGAUACUGUAAGCAAAUUGAGAUUGAAGAUUUUCAAAUUGUUGAUAACCUAAGAUUAUUCGAAGACGAUGAGGAUAAAAACGAGAAGGAUUUGUUCCAUAAGGGGGAGAUACGAACUCCCGAUGUGCAGUCCGAUCCUGCUGCCCCUUCGAUGCCAUCAGAAAAUGAGUUAAAAUCUGUAUAUAUUGUAGAGGACACUGAAGAUAUGCUUGCCUUGAGUUGUAACCCAUUAAAGCAAGAGGACAACGCUGUAGACAUCUUCAGCACCCCUGUCAAAGAGCUGCCUUUGAUGCCUUCUGCAACAAUAGCUAAUCAAGAUAGAUCCUUGGUACAGAAAACACAGGAUCUGUGCAAAUUAUCGGGAAACAGCAAAGGUUACAGCUGUUCCCCUGAGAAAAAACACACCAGGAAAUGUAAAGCUAUCCAGAGGUCAAAGCAGAAUCUUAACUCCGUUCGACCUAAAGAUCAGAAGGAUGAGUCAAAACAGAACACUUUUCCAGUUUUUGAUUCUUACACUAUUGUAGAGGAAGAAGGCUCAGGUGGCUACGGGAUUGUUUAUAAGGCAAAGAGGAAAACCGAUGGAAAAGAGUUUGCCAUUAAAUGUCCCCAUGCUGGUGCUCAGAAAUACUAUGUUAAUAAUGAACUCCGAAUGCUGGAGCGUUUUGGGGGGAAAAACUUUAUAAUAAAGUUUGAAGGCUGUCUUAAGAACGGAGAUUCCGAUUGCAUGAUCCUUGAGCACCUUGAACAUGACAGACCUGAUUGUUUGAGGAGAGAAAUAGACGUGUAUCAGCUACAGUUGUACGGAUACUGCAUGUUCAAAGCUCUGUCAAGUCUUCAUAAGCAGGGUGUUGUUCAUAGGGAUGUUAAGCCAGGCAACUUUCUUUUCUCUAGGAAGAGUAGCAAAGGCUGUCUCAUUGACUUUAACCUCGCCAUGGAUUUGCACCAGAAGCACAGGAGAGCCGAUAAAUCAAAAGCAGCUACAGAUCUCCCAACCGCCAGCAAGAAGCAUCAUACUUUGAUUAAAUCUCCUGACACGACCAACCGAGUGACCAACAAAUCUUCUCAGAAAACUUUAGCGCCAAAUAGUCUGAAGAAAGCAGCGGGAAAGAUAAGAGCUCAGACUGACAUGAGUAGAUGGGAGAGGUUCAAUAGCCAAGGCGCGGAAGGGUCUGGCUUAACUUCGGCCAAAGAUGUGACCAGCACAAGGAACCACCCUUCAGGUGAAAAGAGGAGAGAGCCUUUGCCAUGUCAUGGAAGGAAAGAGCUUCUAAACUUUCUGCAAGAGACAAUGUCUGGUUCAAUUCCAAACCACGAAGUAUCAUCCAAAGCUCCUACAUCUAUGAGAAAACGUGUUGCUGCUCAUCCAGGGAAAGCUGAGAAACAGCUUCUUCAUCUGACCCCAAUGCCGCUGCGCUCUAAUGGUCGGCGUGAAGCAGGGGAUGUAAGUAAGAAGAAAGAUGGUCCUUGCUCAGGAACGAAAGGCUACCGAGCACCAGAGGUUUGCUUAAGAUCUUUGCACCAAGGACCUAAGAUCGACGUGUGGUCUGCAGGAGUUACUCUAUUAUAUCUAAUGAUGGGAAAAACACCUUUUACUGGUGACCCUGAACAGAACAUAAAGGACAUUGCGCAGCUACGAGGCAGUGAAGAAUUAUGGGAAGUAGCCAAGCUGCAUAACCGUGAAUCUUCUUUCCCUGAGGAAUUAUACGAGUCAAGGUACUUGAAGAGGAUGGAGCUGAGAAAAUGGUGCGAAAUCAACACAAAACGCAGAGACUUCCUAGACGUGAUUCCACGGUCGCUGCUUGACCUUGUUGAUAAGUGUUUGACUGUUAACCCAAGGCUACGAAUCGGCGCAGAGGAUGCUCUCAAGCACGACUUCUUUUAUACAAUCCAUGAAAAUGAAACCCUUAGAAAACAAAGGCUCCUAAAGCAGCAGCAAACGGGAACGCAGCCUCCAGUGGUGGCUAAUUCAGUAGGCCAACCGCUAAGCUAGAAAUCACAAAUGUAAAUUAAGUAAUAACAAAAUAUUAUAUGAAAGCUUCACUCCACAGGCCACACCACAAAUCCCAUAGUAGUAUAUGUCUAUAUGACUAGGGAACAUAUCAUAUUUGUUAUUAGAAGCAAGUCUAACUUCA